GCAGUAGCUUCAUCUUCCCCGCAGAGGUGGAAUGCUUAUGAUGCUAACAGAAGCUAAACUGUCAGAGAAAAUAGAAGGAACGAUAUCAGACGUAAUAAGUAACGGUUCAACGCGGUGACGUCAUUGCGAUGGUAAUCUGUAGUUUAUCGCAGGAGCUAACAGGAGCUAAUUGAGCUAGCAGCGGGAUUAGCUGUAACGUUAAACCUUUGAAAAGCGCGGCGCUCAGCAGUCUGAGCGGUUAGCCGCCUGCGGGUCCCUGUGAACCGAGCAGACUCCGGUACUUUAACGGCAGCACCGACAGUAGAAAUCAGUUAAAUAUGUGGUGAACGUACGGGAGCCGAGGGGGACACGAGGAGCAGGAUCAGCAGCCCAAGGCACCAGCUGGAGAUGAAGGUUCUGCUCAAGGAUCAGACCAUCAGCCGGACUCUUCAGGUGUGACUGAGAUGGAUCUGGACUUGAGGCGGUCCAGACCAGGCCAGUUCAGUCUGCUUCUGGACGUUUGUCCUGUCAGUACGCUGGUUUAUGGAGCGCUGACGCCUCCAACAUGUCGGACAGUGAUCCGCCGGCUGUAGAGGAGCAGACAGCUGCAGAGGAGGCUCCUGGUCCUGGUCGUCCUCCCCUGGCAGAGAAGGCCCUGUCGGAGGCCUUUUCUCGGUUGCGAUAUCGGGACACGUCCCUGCUGAUCUGGCAGCAGCAGCAGCAGGAGCUACAGGCGGGCCCCCCCUCCACCUACCUGAACCGCAGCCAGUCAGCCUGGUACAGCAGUUUUGGGAACCAGGCCGUACUGGUCCGGGACAAGAGGGGCCUUGAGGACACAGAGGGACGGUCCAGGAUCUGCAGUGUCAUGUAGACAGGGACCAGUAACCUGAACAGACUGGCUUGAUGUAAACCAGACUCUGUGAUUCAGGCUGGACGAAGUUAACCGAUCAUUUCCUCGUCAUAACGACGUCACUUGAGGAACAUCUGGAUUAAGUUGAGCAGGGCUUUCAAACUUAAACUGAAGUGCGAUGAGCCGGUUUCCCCUGCUGGCCUGAAAUCCACCAGAGAAGAAGAAACACAUGGAGCAGAGUGUGUAGGAGGGCUACAGAGACCAGAAUGCACCUCAGUACAGACCUGGAUGUGAAUAUAAAGACUUUUGUUUUGUCUGUUGGUAUAGGACAGAGCUGGGGGGGGGGGGUUCUGGUUUUAGCUGCAGUCACUGUUUUACUCAAGUCCUGAGUCAAGUCCAACAAGUCCCUGUUCACGAUAGGCAAGUCCCAAGUCAUGUCUAAGUCAGGAUUGACACGGUUCAAGUCAAGACCAACAAAGUAAGACAAGCUUUCUCCAAGUAAAGACGGAGUUAAAACUGACAAGUCCAAGUCAAGACCAACAAGACUGAAGACCAACAAGACUCAAGACCAAGUUGUAAACCUCUGGACUUCGGUUCUUUGUCAGCUGCUCUGCACUUUGUUGCUACCAGUGAGUCGCUGCAAAAACACUUUUCCUCCAGAGGGGUAAUGAAGUCCUUCCUCCUUUUAACCUGAAGUCCCGAGGGCCAGGUAUCAACACUGGGGGGUCAAGCCUUUUCUGUUGCUGGGCCCAGACACUGGAACAAACUGUCCCCUGACAUGCGCACCAUCACAGACUUUGACUCUUCAAAGCAUCUUUUCAGACUGGCUUUUAAUCCACAGUGAUGUGGUGAUUUGAUUUGAUCAGUUUAUUUCCCUGACACGUGUUCUAUUGUUGUUUUCUUUCAAUCUGCUUUCAUUUCUAAUUUUACUGCUUGUUUUUAACUGGAAAGAACUUUG